CUAGCAUUUUGACAUUCAAAAGGCAAUUUCUUCUAGUUCAUACUUUUCAUUCCCUAAGAGUAAAUAAUUGCACCGUCUAGGCAGGAAACCGAAACUAAAAUUCAACAGAUGCAAGAAUACGAGCAAAGAGGACAGCUGGUUCAUAGAUCAACAAUUUUUAUAUCUUUUUCAAAUCGAACUAGAAGAAUUGUUUAUUCAUGAUAUUCUCUUAUAGCUAUUGAAUUGUGCUGACAACCAGACUCUUCACUACGAGCCUAACUUCUGCUUGUUACGAUGAGUCUGAUAGUCUCACAUGGAACAACAACCUUCAGAACAUUCUUUCGUCCCAUCAACUAACGAAGAUGUAGGAGAAACGUCUUUUGGAUCGGGAAAUAGCUCUGCUUUAUUGAACGCCGAUGGAAUCCCAGCAGGUUUGCCUUCGUUGGCAUCGAGCGAUCCAGACGUGCAUGUUUCCUUACCAGAAAUAAAAGUGAAUGGAGAAAAUGUAGAACAAAUGCUAUCUGAAAUUUUAUUAGAAGAUUCACCACCUCCCAAUGGUGACAAUGUUUCCCUAGUUAGUUCAGCAAAUGAAGUGUACAAGGACAAGCUUCAAAGAGCUAUGUCAUCAUUUAACUGUAUCCUUGCUAGACACACAAGAAAAUACUUGAUUUUUACCAGUUCUGGAAAACCGGUGUUUAGUAACGUUGCCGACGAAAGCCUUGAGCCUUCUACUGUUGCUGCUUUACAGGCAAUCAUAAGUUCCUUCGAGGUUAUAAAAGAGGACCUGAUUUAUUUUGAGACCCGUUCCACCAUUAUUGUUGCUCAUUCGGCUAGUCCUCUUAAUUUGGUAUGUAUCUCGCCAUUGACAACCCUUUCACCAGAGUUCAUGAAAAACGAAUUAAAGCUUCUUUAUCAUCAGAUUUUGAGCAUAAUUACGAAUAAGUCUAUAUCUUCAAUUUUGGACUCAAGACCCAACUAUGAUUUACGACGUCUUAUUGGAAGUAGCGAACAGUUCUUAAGAGUGUUAUCAAGCGACCUAGAAAGAUAUGAACCUUUUUCAUUCUUAAACGCCAUUUCUCCUAUUCCUUUACGCGUGUCUUUUCGCGACCAGCUUUCACAAUUGUUACUGAAGGAGAAACCCAAAUCUCUAAUAUUUGCUCUAUUAGCUGUACGGGGCCGACUUGUAUGCGCUAUUAAGGCAAGAAAACUCAUGCUGCAUGCUAGCGACCUUUAUUUAAUUUUUCUAUCGGUUUUUAAUACGCAAGCCUUUAAUGAUUCAAUGGAGCAUUGGGUCCCCAUCUGCCUUCCCAAUUUAAAUCCUAAUGCUUAUCUUUACAUCUACAGUCACUUUGUACAUCAAGAUAUUGCGUUAAUCUUGGCGAGCAACGAAAACUCUAGUUUCUUUGAUAUGCAGGAAAUGAGAAACACUGUUUCUCUUCGUCUAAAAGAGAGAUUUUGGCUUCAAAAAAUCCUGCAUGCUGCGGAGCUUGACCAAACUUCUUUUCGAAAUCCUGGAUUUCCUUGCAUUCUGCAUUACUUGUUUUAUUCCAAAAAAUAUUCUCAAUUCUAUGCUCCAGGAUACACAUUUAAUGCAAAGAAUGAUCCUAAAACACUUUAUGCUAUCUACGCCGGCUUACAUGAUCAAGUGUUUCAUAGGAAGCGAUCUUUGUCUAUUGAUGUAGAAAUUCAUGGAUCAUUAAUGCUAUUUACUUGGUCUACGUCUUCAUUUAAUUUUUAUUGUGUCGCUAACGCAAAUGCGAAUUUGCAAAUUCCUAUCGCCAAUAUAAAUAAGAUUCUUAGAUGGAUACGGAGGGAAGAAACACGGCUGUUUAUAUGUACAAAUAUUUCUUUUUAAUGAACAAUUUAAUGAAUAAAUAGUCACGAAUGUGUAUUAUUCUUUCCUGACCAUACAAAUCAAAUCGGUUUCCAAAGUCAACAAUAUUUUAUGCAUACAUACAUAUAUCUGU